AUGCGCUCCCGACGACUGUUUCUCAUUCUCCCUCUCAUCCUCCUCGUCAUCACCGGGGCUCUAAUCUUCCGCAAGUUCGCCCCUCAUUCUACCCGCGGGGUGUCCUGCGCCGACUGCCUCCGCUACUCACAUCAGAUCGAGACGAAGUUCCACCAUACACCCGAGAACAAGGACAACGAACAGUUCUUCCGCUACGCAUUGGACAAAUCGUGUCGCGGGGUGGUGUUCCUCAGUGGGGCCUGCUCGAAGCUGCGCCGGGUGUUCCGGGACGAUGUGUCGCAGUUCAUGGGGCUGAUCCAGGAGGGGAAUGUUUAUGAAGCGUGCGAGGCGGCCAAGGCCUGUCCACUCAGAAAUCCUCCGGCGUAG